AUGAAUCCAGAACAAUCCAAGCUGGGCGAGAUCAUCGAUCGCUACCGCCCAGAGAUCGGAGAAUUUGAAGAUGUGUAUCGCAACAUCCACGCCAACCCAGAGCUAUCCGGCCAGGAAGAACAAACGGCCAAGAUAGCAUCCGACCACCUCAAAUCUCUCGGAUUUGAAGUCAUCACGAAAAUCGGUGGCCACGGCGUAGCAGGCAUCCUCCGCAAUGGAAGUGGCCCCACCAUUCUCGUCCGGGCGGACAUGGAUGCCCUCCCCGUAAAAGAACAAACGAACCUCCCCUACGCCAGCAAGAAGGAAGUCAAAGGCGUAUCCGGCCCCAAACCAGUCAUGCACGCCUGCGGGCACGAUUUCCACACCACAUCACUCAUGGCCGCUUCAACGCUCCUGCAACGCGCCCGCGAGCACUGGUCCGGAACACUACUCUGUGUCUUCCAGCCGGCGGAAGAGCAUCUCGACGGCGCCCAGGCCAUGCUGGACGACGGACUAUACGACAAGAUCCCCAAGCCGGACAUCGUCCUCGCACAGCAUGUGAUUUGCAUGCGAGCAGGGUCCGUCAACCUGCGUGCCGGUCCGCUCCUCACAGCUGCAGACGCGUACGAUGUGCGCGUGUACGGGCGUGGAGGACACGGAUCAGCGCCUCAGACAACGAUUGACCCGAUCGUUAUCGGAGCGUCGAUCGUCACGAAGUUGCAGUCCAUUGUCUCGCGGGAGGUCACGCCUGGUAAGCUUGCUGUUGUGACGUGUGGUAGUAUUCAUGCGGGAAGCUCGUCGAACAUCAUCCCCGCGCACUUGGAUCUGCAGCUCAAUGUGCGGACUUUUGAUGCGGAUGUGCGUGAGCGGGUUUGUGCUGCUGUUCAUCGCAUCAUCAAGGCGGAGUGUGCGGCUGCUGGUGUGGAGCAGAGUCCGGAUAUUAAGCGGACUUUCUCGACUCCAUCGACUGUCAAUGAUGGAAGGACAAUUGAUUCUCUUCGUGAGACCUUUGGCCCGUACUUUGGAAAGGAUCUUGUGAAGCUAGAACCGCCUGCUGCUAGCGAGGACUUUUCUUUGCUGGCGACUGCUGUUGGGGCACCGUAUGUUAUGUGGAUGUUUGGUGGAGUGGAUGAGAAGGUUUGGGAUGAUGCCGAAUCCAAGGGAACUCUGCAACAAUUACCUGGGAACCAUUCGCCAUUCUUUGCUCCGGUUCUUCAGCCAACUUUGAAAACAGGCAUUGACGCUAUGGCGCUUGGAGCUUUGACCUUCUUGAAGAAGUAG